AUGAUUAUUUGUCUGUACGUUGAUGAUCUACUGGUUACCGGUUCUAACUUGAAAGAAAUUGAUGAGUUCAAGAAGAUGAUGGAGGUUGAAUUCGAGAUGACAGACCUUGGGAGGCUUAGCUAUUUCUUGGGAAUGGAAUUCACUCAUACAGCUACAGGACUACUGAUGCACCAACAGAAGUAUGUGAAAGAGUUACUGGAGAGAUUCAAGAUGAUCAAAUGCAAUGAUGCUAGAAGUCCACUUGAAGUGAAUAUCAAGCUAAGGAUAGAUGAAACUGAAGAAGGAGUGAAUGAAAAAACUUAUAAACAAAUAGUCAGAUCUCUGCGGUUUCUCUGCAACAGCAGGCCAAACUUGAUGUUUAGUGUUGGCUUGAUAAGCCGUUUCAUGGGCAAUCCAAAGAAGAGUCAUAUGAGUGCUGCCAAACGUGUACUGAGAUACAUUAAAGGAACUACGAGUUAUGGAAUUCUGUUUCCAUAUGGAAUGGAGAAGAAUGAGUUGAAGCUUGUUGGCUAUGCUGAUUCGGACUAUGGCGAUCAAGUUGAAAGGAAGACUGGUUGCUAUGUUGUAUGCCAAGGAAUUUGGCUAAAUAAAGUGUUGAAAGAAUUGAGAAUACAUGAAGAGGGUUCUGUGGUGUUGAAGAUGGAUAACACAUCUGCCAUAAACUUGGCAAAGAAUCUGGAAGACUUUCGGUAUAACUCUGUUGGGUCUAUCGAGGAGAGGGUUUACAGGGGAGACAUAAGCACCAAUGACAUCUGA